CCUACAAUUGCUGCAAAUAGACAAGUGAUUUAUUGGUUCGAUGAACGCCGCUGGGAAAGAAUGUCAAUUGAAAUCUUUUUGUGAUACUCUCUAAGAACCCAAAUAUUGAUGAUGAUACAGCUUUGGAUGGUUUUAGUUGUUGUCAGUAGCUGUUAUUUACAAUUCUUUGUAUAUGCGCAGAUAGGAAUUCCCAAUAAUUACGUGUGCACAGAUGAUUUUUGUGAGAGCUACAAAGAAAAUACGCCAUGCGAAGGAUUGAAACUAGCAUGCAAAGUGCAAAACUCCACCCACAACGGAAUUGUACUACCAUCUAUGACUCCUUGUUCGUGUUGUGAUACUUGCAUUGAGAAUCUGAAACUAGGUGAGGAUUGUUCCGUCGGAGGCUUGGGAUCUCCGGUGCCCACGGGAAUAUGCGGUCCUGGAUUGUACUGCAUGGUAGUCGAAGGUGAUGAACAUCCGACGUGCCAACCAAUGCAUGAAUCUAGUGCAUGCUAUAAGGCGCAGAAAAAGUUUGAUCAAAUGCGUCAGGAUGGAACCAUUGGGCAUUUAAUGCAGAGGCCUGCCUGUGAUGCCGAUGGAAACUUCGAGCCUGUUGUUUGCAUUCCCGGUCAAACAUGUUACUGCGUUGACGAGAAUGGUCACCGAAUAUUCGGUGAAGCUGUUCAUACCGCCGGUAUCCAAAUAUCAAUGAGAUGUGAAUGCUCUCGGUUGGCUGCCAAGGCCCAAAAGUUACUUGAUUCGCGGUACCCGAUAUUCACUUCCCGUUGCGACUCCAAGGGAUCCUUCGAUCAGCUGCAGUGUGUCGGUGACAUCUGCACCUGCGUUGAUAUGCACAGUGGCCAACCAUCGGCGGAAAGAAAAAAUAUCACUCGAGGACUGGCGGGACUUCCUUGUUUUAGUAAACGACUUCAUGAAAACACGACCUAUUUGCGACAGUGUGAAACAGUGAAACUGUCACAAUUGGAAGAUAUUCGCGAGUACGAAUUAUCAGGAUUUAACGUUUUGGAAUUUAAUACGGACAUUUGUCUGCCCGAUGGGUGGUACAACAGAAUUCAAAUGAACGAUACGCACAAAUAUUGUGCCAACAAAGACGGAAGCGUCAUCGAACCGUAUAUCGUAGACAGAAAUUCUAUCGUUGCCUCGAAAAUGAACUGCAAAUGUGCCACCGCCAGAAAACUAUUAUUGGAAAGCAAUAGCCUCGAGGUGCCGGAAUGCUGCCUCAAUGGGAAUUAUAGAUCAUUGGCAUGUCGAAGAGGUCAGUGCUACUGCGUGGACGAGGAUGGCAAUCAAACUGGCGUGGAGAAACCCGCGAAACAGAAAAAUGAGCUCGAGUGCUAUAACGACAAGUGCGAGACAGUUUAAUAAUUAAUCUUAUAUUUGAUUCGGAACUGUGGUUAAAUAUCACAAAUAAAUUACAUUAUUUUCAUGUAUAUACCUUAUAUUCCAUAUUUCAUGUAUAUACCUUAUUUUAAAUUUU